GGAAGUGUUGCUAACUAGCAUAGCAUGCUAAUGAAAAUACGCUGGGGAGCUGCCUGGGGCGGCUGUGGACUUUGGUUCAGUAAUAACAGCAGAUUCAGAAAAUAAAACUCUUGAUAUUACAUAUACGUGGUGAUGGCGUGGUCUUGUGUACUGCCUGCGUUACGUGUGUGGAGAUGGUUUUAACAGAUGCUCUUCUGGAGGACUCGGGAACACUGCACUGGCCUGGAGAAACCUCUUAAGCAAACAUAACACACUUCGAUACAAAAGGAUAAACAUCAGUAUAGCCCUGCUACAACUGUGCAGUAAUAGAGGACACAGACACGUGGACUAGACAAAGUUCUUCUCAAGGAUAAAAGUGUUUUUUUUUUUUUUUUUUUUUUACCACGGUACUGCUAGAGCCCAAGCUUCUCUCCAUUUUUUUUAUUACUUCCUGUCUGUCCCAUCUUCACCGCCACCAUGCCAAGCACCAUCCGCCGGCAGAUGAAAAACAUGGUCAACAAUUACUCUGAUGCCGAGAAGAAGGUCAGAGAGGCUACGUCCAACGACCCCUGGGGCCCGUCGUCUUCGCUCAUGUCCGAGAUCGCGGACCUCACCUACAACGUGGUGGCCUUCAGUGAGAUCAUGAACAUGAUUUGGAAGCGGCUCAACGAUCAUGGGAAGAACUGGCGCCACGUCUACAAAGCCCUCAUGCUCCUCGACUACCUGAUAAAGACGGGUUCAGAGAGGGUGGCGUUGCAGUGUAAGGAGAAUAUCUUCGCCAUCCAGACCCUGAAGGACUUCCAGUACGUUGACAAAGACGGCAAAGAUCAGGGCAUCAAUGUCAGGGAGAAGAGCAAGCAGUUGGUGGUCCUACUCAAAGAUGAGAAACGCCUUAAAGGAGAGAGGUCUCAGGCUUUGAAGACUAAGGAGCGUAUGGCCCAGGUGUCCACAGGGAGCACUCCGAUGGGUUUUGGCCGGGGCUCAUCCCAACCCAACCUCUCCACAUCCUACAGCGAGGAAUACGGCAGAUCAGAGGGCUCCCCUGCCUCCUACCAUGGCUCAACAUCUCCCAAUGCGGGUUCAGAGUUGGAACAGGCUAGACCUCAAACCAGUGGAGAAGAGGAACUACAGCUACAACUUGCUUUGGCCAUGAGCAGAGAAGCUGCAGAGCAGGAGGAGCGCCUGCGCAGAGGUGACGACCUGAGACUACAGAUGGCCUUGGAGGAGAGUAAAAAAGAAGAUCCAGGCUCAGCAAAGCUGCCCAAGAAGAAGAAGGAGCCACAGUCAUCUUUGAUGGAUCUAAUGGAUGUCCCUGAGCCAGGUGCCAAGGCUGACCCCUGGGGCAUGGGGGGUGGAGCUAGAGCUGGAGCUGGAGCUGCAUCAGCAGACCCGUGGCAGCCUUAUGGAUCUGCCCCUAAACCAUCAGUGCCAGCAGACCCAUGGGCUGCUCCUUCAUCUCUGCCUGCCAUGAAGGCCAGCGACCCCUGGGCCAACUCCAGUCCUGCAUCUGAUCCCUGGGGUUCUGGAGCUGGCCGGUCUAAGACCUCCAACACAGGUAACUUUGACCUGUUCAGUACAUCCAAUGGUACAUCCAAGGAAGACUUCUCAGAGUUUGACAGCCUGCGCUCUUCCUCCUCUGUCCCCACUGCUGUGUAUUUUAAAACUUUAGAUAGGAGUUAUUGGGGUUCAGUGUUUUGCUCGCUCAACACAAAACUCUUUAAACUAAACAUCCUCCUUCCUUUCUCCAUUUCAGCUGAUGGGGGCAUAACGUCCUCUCUCCCCUCCCAAGUCAGUCUGGCUAGUAGCGGCAGCCUGGAUCUCUUUGACCCUCUUCCCGCCUCUACUUCAAUCUCCUUAAACCCAACUAGAAAGACUCCAGAGUCCUUCCUGGGGCCCAACGCCGCGCUGGUCAAUCUGGACUCUCUGGUGACCAAACCAGCGCAGCCUCCACCAGUCGUUAACCCAUUCUUGGCUACUACAGGUGGCCCUGCUCCAGCUCCGACUGCCAACCCGUUCCAAGUGAGCCAGCCGGUUCCUCCUACACUCAACCAGAUGCGUGUCAGCCCGAUGCCCUCUGGCUUCGGUAGCAUUGCGGAGCCCAUGCCCCUGGCCUCCGUGCCCGCUCAGCCCGUUGCCAUGGUCCCCCUGGCGGGGAUGGCCCCAAUGGGCCGGGGAAUGCCCGGAUUGGGAGCCGGUGGUGUAGGCGGAAGCGCAGGGAUCCCACCCUUUAUGUCAAUGCCUCAACCACUGAUGAGCAUGCCCCCCCAGGCAGGGGCACAACCCGCCGGAACCACCAACCCCUUCCUUUUGUGAAAGGAUUAGUCAGGGGAAAAAACCUACUUCUUAUUAAUUUGCUCCUUAAGAAGCUUCAACAUGAACUAAGAGAUAUCCUAUCCCAUGUAACCAUUUAUAAGCCACUCCCAGCCAGGCGCCCUACUAAAUGACCCCACUUCCUGACUCCUUUCUGCUCUUCUGCUCCUCAGCUACAAGCUGCCUAGUCUUGUGAGUUCCAGUCUGAAUCUAAUAUGGUGCUGGUGACCACAAAGGUUUUGUACUUGUCUGUAGACUUUAGAUUCUCCACGGGGGUGGGACUGGACCCAGUUUCAUCCGUUCUUCCUCUUGUUAAGCUGGCUCCUCACCCUUUAGACCGCUCCUCUCCUCUUUUGUGAUGGGGUGACAGUAGUCAGCCUGUACUAAUUCACAGAUCUUAUCUGGUCUCUAGAACUAAUCUUUUAUAAGCCCCAUCAGUUGUAGUGUGUCUGUUUGAGUGCACAUCUCAGUGCUUUUACACUGUGUAUAUUCCAGUGAGUUUAACUCUAACUCGCUGGAUCAAGGAUGAGAGAUGUUUAUACUCCCUGCAUGUAUGUUGUGUUUAUUACAAAGCAGGAAUUUUGCACAAUUUUUGCUUUUUUGUUUUGUUUUUCUUUCAUCGACUGUUGGACUCACCGUUACACCUUAGUUCACAGAGGAAGUCUGAUUAAACAAACAAGGCACACCCUUAUACUGCCUUGGCUCUUGGUACUACUCAGUCCCAACCCUUCAUCUUCCCCUUGGACCUUUUUUCCAACCUUCCACAUGACCCCUGAAAGGUCACAACCUUAAACAUGAACACUCCCCAGGAGGAAAUGGAACUGCUCAUUUUAGUCCUAAAAGACUGCAGAGAGGCGAGAAAAGAUGUUUUUUUUUUAUAUAUAUAUAUGUACGUGCUCGUAUGCUGGUGUACUGUUACUGUUCAGAUACUAACGACCACAUGUUAAACCAUUUUCUACUGCU